CAAAGAUUUAGCCAUAAAUCAACUUUAAACACACACAUAAGAAUCCAUACAGGACAGAAGCCUUUCUGCUGUGAUCUAUGUGGACAAAUAUUUCGCCAAAAAGCACAUUUAAACACACACAUAAGAAUCCAUACACAGAAGCUUUUCUGUUGUGAUCUAUGUGGACAAAGAUUCCAACAAAAAGGGGAUUUAAACGUACACAUGAGAAUUCACACAGGAGAGAAGCCUUACUGUUGUGAUCUAUGUGGGAAAAGAUUCCGACAAAAAGGAAAUUUAAACACACACAUGAGAAUCCAUACAGGACAGAAGUCUUACUGUUGUGAUACAUGUGGACAAAGAUUUAGCCAUAAAUCAACUUUAAACACACACAUGAGAAUCCAUACAGGACAGAAGCCUUUCUGUUGUGAUCUAUGUGGACAAAAUUUUUGCCAAAAAGCACAUUUAAACACACACAUGAGAAUCCAUUCAGGACAGAAGCCUUUCUGUUGUGAUAUAUGUGGAAACAAUUUUCAUGAAAGCGGAACUUUAAACCGGCACAUGAGAAUCCAUACAGGACAGAAGCGUUUCUGUUGUGAUCUAUGUGGUCAAAGAUUUAGCCGAAAAUGUUCUUUAAACAGACACGUUAGAAACCAUACAGGAGGAAAAAUGGCUAUGCUAUGAAUACUAACUCAUACUGCACAGCUGUAGUUUGCUGUGAGAUUUUUGUGUGUUGCCAUUAAAGGCAACAGUCUUCACUUGGUAGCUUUAGCAUUUCUCUAAUAGUUAGGUUUAGUCUGAUGUUUUUCCAAACUUAGGAAGGGUGUUUUUUUUCUGGUUGUAUGUUUUUUUUUUUUUUUUUUUUUUGUUAACCUGUGGGUCCCCUUUAACAAACCUAGGAGUUUAAGUUGGAGAAGCAUAGAUGUUUGUCCUUGAUAGGUGAGUAAUUUCCAUUGUGACUGGUUAAGAUAAGAUUUACAUACAGUUGAACCCAGAAGUUUACAUGCACUAUAUUAAAAGAAACAAGCUUUUUUUCUCAAUGUCAGACAUGACAUUUCAAUAAACCUUUCUUGCCUCAGGUUUGUUAGGAUUACAAAAAAUAUUUCCAUUUCAUAAAUGCAAGAAUAUUGAGUGAUUUUUUUUUAAAGUCAUUUAUUACUUUCUUGAAGUUCAGAAGUUUACAUUUUUGUGAAUAUUCGGUACCUUUGCAUUGAAAUGUGUAGCUUUGAACAAACAUUUUGGAUAUGCUGGUGAAGAUUCAGUCAUCCAGGUCAUGGUCAUUCCAAAAAUAAAGUAAAAAACAAA